CGCUUUAAAAAUGGCAACAUUAGCGGACUCAUUAUGCAUAAGAAUAGAAGAAAAUAAAACGAUAGCUCCAUUGCGCGAAGAGAAGAGAAGCAAGAAGAGGGACCUAUUCGACAAGAGACGUGCAAAGGAACAAGACCAAAAGGUGAAUCUCCAUCCUCAGGAGCGCCGUGGCCCCAAGUGGCACCAGCUGCAUGGCCAUCCUCUCAACUUGAGCGCGGGUGAGCAUGGCCAUAGCAGCCAUCAUCAGCAUCAGCAUCAUCAUCAGCAUCAUUUCGCCAAGAAGAACCUGCCUCCUCCUCCUUCUCUAUAUCCUGCUUUGCCGAGGAAGGCACCUGAGCAUCAUCCUAAGCAAGGACAUUUGUCUUCCCAACCAACUAGCCUCUUCACUUUCACACUUGCAAAACAAUCAGAGUGCAAAGUUUCAACGAGGGACGGUCACUUGAAGGUGAAGAUUAAGAAAGAAAACACCCUAGCAAAGGUGGGACUUGCAGAAGUAAAGAGCAAUACAGAGUCCAAGUGCCACAAAGUCAAUGUGACAUCUCUGACGCUGGAGAACUCCAUCCGAAAGAAGAAGAAAAAGAUGCAUCGUGAGGAGGAGCGCAGCGGCAAAAAGGUACCACAGAUGAGCAACAAAUCUGUUCAAACAAUAUGCGCGGAGUCGGGACUGGGUUCAUUUCACUCCGAUCCGGCCUCAUGUGGCAACUUCAAGCAAGAACAUCAUGACCAGCCAGGCAGAGACCCUCCAAGUCACUCUCUCGCCCCAUUUCUAUCUCAUCAAGACCAAUACAUCCGCAGGUCCUUCCUGCAAACAGGCUCCUACGGUCGCUUUAUGCACGAGGAAAGGCAAGCCAACGGCGGAGCGUCGGUUCUGCACGCUUACGCCGACGAGCUGGCCUGCCUCAGUCCAGCUCAGAUGGAGUGCUUCUCCCAGGAAUUCCUUCAGUUGGCUUUUGCCGAGAAGCAAAGCGGCGCCGCCUCGUACGCCUUAGCGGUGGUGCACGGUGCGGCCGCCUUCCUACCGGAUUUCCUCGACUACUUUGCCUUUAACUUCCCCAACACGCCGGUCAAAAUGGAGAUGCUGGGCAAGAAAGACAUUGAAACAACCACAAUUGACAACUUUCGCUCUCAGGUCAAACGUACAUACAGUUGCGGAACUUACCGGGCCGGACCCAUGAGGCAAAUCAGCUUGGUGGGAGCCGUAGACGAGGAAGUGGGAGACUAUUUCCCAGAAUUCCUUGACAUGUUGGAGGAAUCGCCAUUACUAAAGAUGACCCUUCCGUGGGGAAGCCUCUCCAGUCUGAAGCUGGACUGCCGCUCACAGAGUGACGACGGGCCCAUAAUGUGGGUCAGACCCGGAGAACAAAUGGUGCCAACUGCCGACGGGUCCAGUUCAACUUUGAAACGUCGCAGGUCCAUGAAUGAGAUCAAACAUUUGCACUACCUGCCGAGAGCAAGCGAACCCAGAGAGGUUCUGUUUGAGGAUCGCACCAAGGCCCAUGCGGACCACGUGGGCCAGAGCUCAGACUGGCAAAGUACUGCUGCUGUGGGAGUGCUGAAAGCUGUGCACUUUGGUGAAAGGAAUAAUCGACCUCGUGUCACCAAAGAUGUUGUGUGUUUCCAUGCGGGUGACUUCAAUGAAGUUGUGCAACAACUGCAGCUGGAUCUGUUCGAGCCUCCAGUUUCUCAGUGUGUUCAGUGGUUGGAUGAUGCCAAGCUCAACCAGUUGAGAAGAGAAGGCAUCCGUUACAUCCGCUCCCAGCUCUGCGACGACGACAUUUAUUUCAUUCCACGGAACGUCAUCCACCAGUUCAAAACGGUGUCGGCGGUCUGCAGCCUGGCCUGGCACAUCCGCCUCAAACAUUACCAGAAGGACGAGAAGGCCAAAGAGCAGCUGAGACCCAGCGAUCUUAGCUCCUUUUCAGGCCACAUCUCGUCCAGCCUGGCCAAGUUUGCCACCCCCGUUGUCCGACCACAAGGUGGGUUUCCCAAGACUGAAGAACGGGUCUUAAAGCCAGCCACACCCUCGAAAAAGCCUCUUCUGCCGCCACUAAAGUCAGUCGAAUCCUCUUGCUUACCUCACCGUGUAAGACAAUUUUGA